AUGUUCGUUUUGGUGGGCUGUCAACGGGCAGCCCCCAAAUAUUGUGCCAUUAUGUGGUGGUAUAUAUUUUUCUGUGUAGUUUUUACUCAAACAAUUGAAGUGCUUGGUACAAAUGCAACCGGAUCAAUCCAAGUCGGCAAUGUAUGUUCCCAAAAGCAGUUCCAGUGUGCGAACGGGAAGUGUAUACCAAUAGCCUGGGUGUGCGAGGGAGACGACGACUGCGGCGACAAAUCAGAUGAAAAUAUAGAAGAAUGUAAGAAAGGUAAGGUAGAAUAA